AUGGCCGAGUCCACAUCCGCAUCGGCGGCCGAGUCCAAACCAGAAAAGAAAACCGCCCUGGAGCACGUUCACCUCCCCCGCAUCGCCAUCAAAUUCUGCACCCAGUGCCGGUGGAUGCUCCGUGCCGCAUACUUCGCCCAAGAACUGCUCUCCACGUUCGGUACGGAUUUGGGCGAGGUGGCCCUCGUGCCUAUGACCGGGGGCGUGUUCACAGUCACGAUCUGGCAUGCGACGGAUGACGCUACGAAGGAGGUUAUCCUGUGGGAUCGGAAGCGGGACGGAGGGUUCCCUGAAGUCAAAGCGCUCAAAUCUCUGGUUCGGAAUGUUAUUGCUCCUGAUAGGGAUCUGGGACAUACGGAUCGGGCGUUGAAGGCGCAGAAGGAGAAAGAGAAGGAGAAGAAGAACGAGAAGGAAGAGGAGAGUAAGGAUAAGCCCUGUGAGGAUUGUAAGUAG